AUCAGGAGGGGGUGGUCCGCAACACAACACGAGAUAAACUGGAUUCGUUCAUACUUCAACCGCUGGGGCUCUUCUGCAUCCUCGCCAUAUACACACAUACGCGAUGAAAUCAAGCCUAAACACGGCAUGAGCUCGCCAGAAGCCAGCGGCACCGACACAGCUGCCACCUUUUAAUAACCGGACGCUCUUCUCCUCUCCGGUUCACCGACUUUGUAGUGUUUGGGAUGGGUAAGGAGGUGAACGGCGUCUCUCGGAGUCGCUUUGAGAUGUUCUCCAAUAAUGACGAGGCUGUUAUCAACAAGAAGCUGCCGAAGGAACUGUUGUUACGAAUUUUCUCAUUUCUGGAUGUAGUCACACUUUGCCGCUGCGCACAAGUCUCACGAUCUUGGAACGUGUUAGCGCUGGAUGGCAGUAACUGGCAGCGCAUUGACCUCUUUGACUUCCAGAGAGACAUUGAGGGCCGUGUGGUGGAGAACAUCUCAAAACGGUGUGGAGGCUUCCUAAGGAAGUUAAGUCUUAGAGGAUGUCUUGGAGUUGGAGACAGCGCUCUCAGAACUUUUGCCCACAACUGCAGGAAUAUUGAGCUGCUCAGCCUCAAUGGCUGCACCAAGAUCACUGACAGUACCUGUAACAGCUUGAGUAAAUUUUGUCCCAAACUGAAGCACUUGGACCUUGCCUCCUGCACCUCAAUCACAAACCUGUCCCUCAAAGCUCUGAGCGAGGGCUGUCCGUUGCUAGAGCAGCUGAACAUCUCGUGGUGUGAUCAGGUGACCAAAGACGGCAUACAAGCGCUCGUGAGAUGUUGUCCAGGACUCAAAGGCCUGUUCCUCAAGGGCUGCACACAGUUGGAGGAUGAAGCACUUCAGCAUAUUGGAGCACAUUGUCCAGAGCUGGUCACACUCAAUUUGCAGACGUGUUCACAGAUCACAGAUGAAGGUCUCAUAACCAUCUGUCGCGGGUGCCAUCGGCUGCAGUCUUUAUGCGUGUCGGGAUGUGCAAACAUCACAGACGUGAUUCUCAAUGCCUUGGGCCAAAACUGCCCUCGCCUCAGAAUAUUAGAGGUGGCUCGCUGCUCUCAGCUUACAGAUGUAGGCUUCACCUCACUUGCACGGAAUUGCCAUGAAUUAGAAAAGAUGGAUUUAGAAGAGUGUGUACAGAUUACAGAUGGGACGCUCAUCCAGCUAUCUAUACACUGCCCUCGACUCCAGGUUCUGAGUUUGUCUCACUGCGAGCUCCUCACUGAUGAUGGCAUCAGGCAGCUGGGCAGCGGACCCUGUGCUCACGACCGUCUGGAGGUGAUCGAGCUCGACAACUGCCCGCUCAUCACAGACGCGUCAUUAGAACAUCUGAAGAUCUGCCACAGGCUGGACCGCAUCGAGCUGUACGACUGUCAGCAGAUCACCCGCGCCGGCAUCAAACGCUUGAGGACUCACUUGCCCAACAUUAAAGUUCACGCCUACUUUGCACCCGUGACUCCGCCUCCAUCGGUGGGCGGGAGCCGCCAGAGAUUCUGUCGCUGCUGUAUCCUUCUAUGAUGUUAAAUGGACUGUGCGUCUUGACCUCUCACCCCCUGAUCUACCUGGAGCACAUGCUGGUGUGUCCCUGGGUCAGAUCGGAUGGGAGUGACGGAGAGACAAACCCGACACCCAGUCAUGAGCUUUAAUCAACACUACAGUCCAUUCAAUGACUCUAUACUAGACUUUUAUGGUAAUUAAAGUGGAGGACUUGGGGAAUGUGCUACUUGGUUCAUCAAAAACUAUUUGGAGAAGAGAACUAUGGGGCCUUUUUGAAAAAUAGAAGGCCACUACUCAAAUGGACCACCUCAAUUUGAUUGGAGAUCAUGGUAAACAGGAGAUGUUCAUCCGGUAACCAGCUCAUGGAUUCAUGCCUCAUCUAUAACACACGGUAACGGUGGUCUUUAACCUGUGAGCCCCUGAGGAACACACACUCAAACACAUCUCUCACGAUACACACACAUUCUGUCUUUCUCUCUGUCUGUGCUGCUCGGUGGCUUUUUUUUAACUUAGAGCAGAGACUGAAUGUUUUUUCGAAGCAUGGUUGUCUUCCAAGUCUUGCUUUUUUUGGGUCUUUACCUGAAAAUCUCUUCAGAAGGGGUCAGAGCUUCAGCUGGCGGUGGAGAUGCAGGGGCAGAUGUGAGGGUAAUGAUUUAGGCUGGAAGUAAAUAAGGCGAGAGGGAAAACGGGAAUUGUAUUGAGCUGAUUGAUGAAUGAGCGUCAUGCAUUAUAUUACAGCAUCACCAAGCAGAGUAUUUGAAGUGUGUGUGUGUGUUUAAGAAAAUCUGUCAUUCGUGACGACGGAGAGAACGGCAGUGGGCUUCAUUCAUGAAACGAGCAGAAUUAAAGCUGCAGUAGGUAACUUUUGUAAAAAUAUAUUUUUUACAUAUUUGUUAAACCUGUCAUUAUGUCCUGACAGUAGAAUACGAGACAGAUAAUCUGUGAAAAAAAUCAAGCUCCUCUGGCUCCUCCCAGUGUCCUGUUACCAUUUGCAGAAACUCCAUCGCUCCCGGUAAAAAACAACCAAUCAGAGCUGCGGUCCGUAACUUUGUUUGUGUUCAAAAUGUAGAAAAAUUUAUAUAAUAAGCGAGUACACCAUGAAUCCAUUUUCCAAACCGUGUUUUUGGCUUGUCCUGAAUCACUAGGGUACACCUACAAUAAGUGUUUAUAUUCGGACUAUUUUAGAUUGCUUCGAGGGCUACCGCGGCGGAGUAACCCAGUACCUUUGUGAUUCUUCAUAGACAUAAACAGAGAGAAGUAGUUCCGGCUACGAUGUUCUUCCGCGAGACGCAAGCAGUUCUGUUUAUUAACCGCUAGAGCGUCAAAAGUUCCCUACUGCAGCUUUAAUUUCUCUUUUGAAUCCAUUAGUUUCCUAUGGGCACAUUUAACCUGUGGUUUAAGAAAAUAAACACCUUUAAAACACUCUUUCUUCACAUUUUCAUUAAGUGUGUGUGUGUGGUUAAUCACACAUUAGAAAUGAACAUUUCAAUAAAAUAACUAUAAUCAUUUGAGAUUUUUAUAUUGUAAUGCAUAUUUUCACAUCGAAUCUCCAAAUGAAUAUAACUUAAAGAUUGUAUACUUUUAAAUAUUUGUUUAAUGGCAUCUUUUUACUCUUAAUGAAGGACAGUAUUAGCAAUACCAGUGUGAAUUAACCCCCCCCCCCCCCCCUAUUUUCUGAGAAUAAAAUAAUUUUUUACCUUUAAUUAUAUACAUUUUUAAUUUAAAUGAACGUAAUUUGGACAUAAACUCAUGAUAAAUGUCACAUUUAGAUUAAUAUUCAACUGCCUUUUUAUUUGUUCUCAUCUCAUAUGUCAUCUCGGACAAUCAAUGAACAACUCCGAUGCAUGACAAAUAUUAAAGUAGUUUGUUUAUUAUGAAAUAAAUUGUUUAUAUCACAUUGCUAAAAUUAAUAAAAAAUGUAGUUAAAACUAAAAAUAUUAUUUCUAUGAUGGUUUUUUCUAGUUUUAGAUCAAAAGUCUGGGUCUGGUUCAAUAUGUAUAUAAACAUUUGAAAAGCAAUAUAAGUGUUGAAGGCAGGAUAGUAAAUUUUUAAAGAGAGCUUUAAACUUCCCACUGAGGUAUAAAGUCAUCAUAGUUGGAGAAGCAGUUUUUAAGUCCAUUAAAAUGUUUGAAGGAAAGGUUUAACACAGAAAUGAAUCUGUUCUUGUGUUUCAUGAAUGAGGCCUGAUGUGUUUUUCACAUCUACACUGAUUGUUCUUCAUCCAUAAAAACAAAGUGAGCAAAUAAGAAAUCAACCGUAAGCAUGUACUUUAUAAUCGAUGCGCUCGUGAAUCAUCCACUGGCUUGUGAAGUACACAAACACACUGAUCUGUGCACAGAUGUCCUCCGAUUAUGAAAACAAUCAAAAGCGUUUCUUUAUCAAAUGUUUUGUUUGUACUUGUUUUCAUCAUGACUGUGGUCUUUUCAGUUUAGUCACUGUUUUGAGUCCGUGUCCCUGUGAAGCCACUUGAGAACAUGUAGUGUUUUUUUCUUUUCGUGAAUUUCUGUUGGAAAGCAUUAGAUAAUAUCCUUAUUUAAAAUUGCAGUUCCGUUAAGCCACUUUUAUGUGGCUGACCGUACUAGCUGUAGUUUAACACAUUUUCUUUCUGGCACACUUUAGAGGAAAGUAUUCCUGCAGAUCGGAGUCAUGUAUACAAUAAAAAGCUGUAUUUUGAAAUAGGUUUUCUGUAUGUUGUAAUAGUAGGAGACUUUGCGAUGACACCAGGUGCUUUGUAUUUUUCGGUUAUGUUCUUUCAGGUUUUUUCUACACCUUUUCUUCUUCUUCGUUUAUUUCUUCGGUUUUGCUUUCCACUUUUUCUGCAGCACAUAAAACGCAUCCUCGUUUGCAAUCAGAGAUAUGUUCGUCCAGUCCAGUGUUCUUUGACCUUGACACAAUCAUUUUCAGCUGUGUGUUUUGUGACCCCAUUCUGCGCUUCACUGCCACUUAAAGAGAUAGUUCACCCAAAAAUGAAAAUUCUGUCAUCAUUUAUUCACCCUUAAGUUGAUGCUAGCCAUUGACUUCCAUAGUAUAUUUUUCCAUACUAUAGUGUCAAUGGCUACCGUCAACUGGUUACCAACAUUACCUUCAAUUGUGCUCCAGAGAAGAAAGAAACUCAUACAGGUUUGGUACAACUUGAGGGUGAGUUCAUUUUUGGGUGAAAUAUCCCUUUAAUCAUUUUGUAGCACCUGAGAUUUUUCACAUUAUAUGCAUAUUUACAUUUUUACAGGCGUCUUUCAACAGUUGUAAGACAUUCGUUGAUCAUCAGUACACUCUCAGAGCAAAACAAAGGUGAAAUCUGAUUCACAUACAACAACAAUCUUUAUAGAGACAAAUACUAAUUGACUGCAGCACAACUACGAAAAUGCUGUUACAUACUGCUAUUGAACAGAUUCCCUAUGCUUUCUUCAGGAACGCUAGAACUUUCAUUCAUUCAGGUUGGGAAGCAUUUGCAUUAAUCAACAUCUGAGUCAUCCUGGAUAAGUUCAGCUACUCUGGGUGAAAGCAUUAAAGGAACACUCCACUUUUUUUGAAAAUAGGCUCAUUUUCCAACUCCCCUGGAGUUAAAGUUGAGUUUUACUGAUUUCGAAUCCGUUCAGCUGAUCUCUGGGUCUGGCGUUAGCACUUUUAGCUUAGCUUAGCUUAGCGUAGGUCUUUGAAUCUGAUUAGACCGUUAGCAUCUCACUCAAAAUUGACCAAAGAGUUUCUAUAUUUUUCCUAUUUAAAACUUGACUCUUCUGUAGUUACAUUGUGUACUAAGACCGAUGGAAACCAAAAAGUUUAGAUUUUCUAGGCCAAAAUGGCUAGCAACUAUACUCUCAUUCUGGCGUAAUAAUCAAGGAACUUUGAUGCUCUAUCAUGGGUGCAUCAGGCACUGGGAUAUUAUGCAGCACCUGAAAAUAGUCCCCAGCUAGUUUGUGUAGUUGCAGAGUCGCUGGGGACUAUUUUCAGGCUGCAGAGUACCUUUAUUACUACGCCGGAAUGAGAGUAUAGUUCCUAGCCAUAUCGGCCAAGAAAAUCACAACUUUUCAUUUUCCAUCGGUCUUAGAUUUUUGCAUUGUGACAUUGUUUUCUAUACAAUUAAGGAAACUCUGUGUGUGUGUGUGUGUGUGUGUGUGUAUGUGUGUAUAUAUAUAUAUAUAUAUCUCACCAUAUGUGGAUGUUAUUGAUAAAUGAAACGGUCUUUACAACUUCAGUCUUCACAAACAAAAUUUUUUAUUAAUUAGUUAUAUUUAUGAAAAUGUCGCAAUACAAAAUGUUUUUCCCCCUUUUCAGUUUAGGGUAAAAUGUGACUUUGAAGUCUCAUAUCUUACAUGUUCCUUUAAGGUUUCAUUAUAUGCAAAGUGAUUGUUUUUAAUUACCCUCAUGUUGUUUCAAACCUGAAUUCGAAUGCCGGUAACCUAACAGUAUCUGGUAGCCAUUGACUUCCUUAACAGGGAAAAAAAAAAAGAUGUAAGUCAGUGGAGUGGCUAACAUCAACUGUUUGGUUACCAAUAUUGUUCAAAGUAUCUUCUUUUGAGUUCAACAGAAGAAAAGUUGGAACAACUUGAGGGUGAGUAAAUUCAUUUUAGGUGGACUCUCUCCCAUCUGUCAUUUAUUUAUUUGGUAUAUCUUUUACGUGACAUCUUGUGCGUGCCAUUUACGCAUGACUAGUGUUGACACGUUUUGCUUUGUGGAAUGCCACUUAGGGAAGCUUGUGAACUAAUGUAAUAGUUCUGUUUGAUAGUCAAAAGAUAAUCUUAUCAGAUCUGAGUCAAUGAUGGGGCCAAGAUGUUUUUCCCUGAAACAUUUCCCUGUAAUGCUAGUGAAACACCAGUUUUUAGUUGCUCCUGUGAGAAUAUUCUGUCUUUGUUUAGUGUCAGUGUCCUUUUCAUACAUUUGUCCUUUUAGUAAUAUUGCACUUAAUUGAGAAAGACUCCCAAACAAACAGUUCACUACAACACAUUUAACUCAUGUGCUUGUAUCUGACUCCAUAAUACAAGUAUUGUCAUUUUUUAAAUAGUAGUAUCACAGGGAUCUAUAAUUUACUUAAUAGAAACUAGUUCACUUUACUGGAAAGGCUUCGGAACAUUGAUGUCAUUUCUUUAUAGUCAACAAUACCCUAAAUGGUAAUCAUAAAUGCAGUUUGCGCAUGUUAUGUUAAAAAUGUUCCUGUUUUUUUGGCUGCUACUUACCUUUCGCUGAUACCUAAUAAGCUCUGUCUGCUUCUCUUUCUAUCUCUCUGUAAUUUCUGAUACAUAUACACACAUUAACACAUACUUUGAAGGCACCCUCUCUUUCAGCAGAUUGUUAUCAGUGAGUGUGUAUAAGUUGUGGAAUCUGAUUUUGAGACACACAGAGACAUUCAUAAUUAUUGGGUUCACAGUUUGAGACCGUAAAAUGCGUGAUCAGGGUGACGUGGACAUGAACUCUGAUGAAUUUUGGUCCUUGGGGAUUGAAACAUUCACUUUGAAGACUUGUUUUAUUUUUUUUUAAUUGUUUUUACAGUUAACCAGUAUAAAUGGAUAUGGCGGUAUGAAUAAAUAUAUAACUAUAUAUUAUUAAGAGAUGUGUGAACUUUUCUGUUAUUGUUUGGACAGAUGUUUGUCCCUUUUCAGCAGGGCUGACGUGGAGGUUCGGAGACAAUAAAAUGUUUUUUGAAUUGA